GAGAGUUGGCGCACCAAGGGUGCAGCAAAAUCUGAAAGGCCCAUUGAGCGUAAACUAUGAACCCAGAGGAGCAGACAGUUACGUGGCUUAUAACAUUAGGCGUGCUUAAUUCUCCUAAAAAGAACAUCGCUGAUCCAGAGGAAUUUCUGAAAACAUCUCUAAGAGAUGGGGUCGUAUUGUGUAAGCUUAUGGAGCGCUUGCAACCUGGAAACAACAUAAAGUAUUCUCCUGAUCCCAAAUGCGAGGCGGAUUGUAUUGCAAACAUUCGGGAGUUUCUGAAAGGAUGUCAAUCUCUAAAGGUUGAGGGCUUUGAACCGGAGAUCUUGUAUACUGGGGAGAACUUUGGCAAGGUGCUGUCAACACUCUCGGCUAUAAAUAUUGCCACUCAAGAUUGUACCCCUAAUAGAUCAUGUCCACAGCCCAGUGCAUCAGCUUCUAGCCUGUCAGCCUCCUCUCAAGCUGUUCCCUCCUUAAAGUACAACAAGUCCUUACGGAGGCAAUCAAAAGCAGUGGAGAUGUCUGAGAAUGGAAGUGGUGUGCAGCUGGUGGUAAAGGCACGCUUCAAUUUCAAACAGAACAAUGAGGACGAGUUGUCUUUCAGCAAGGGCGAGCUCAUCCACGUCACACGCCAGGAGGAAGGUGGUUGGUGGGAGGGAAACCUUAAUGGCAAGACCGGCUGGUUCCCUAGCAACUAUGUCCGAGAGGUCAAGCCAUGUGAAAAACCAACAUCUCCGAAAGCCAUAAAAGGAUUUGACGUUCCUCAGCUAACCAAAAAUUAUUACAGCGUGGUGGUGCAAGACAUCUUGGAACAUGAGAAAGAGUUUGUCAAAGAACUCCAAACAGUACUAGGCUGCUACCUGCGCCCUCUACAGACUAGUGACAAGCUCUCCAGUGCGGACUGCUCCAGCUUGAGUGGGAAUUUAGAAGACAUCCUCUCUUUCCAACAGGGACUGUGUCUUGCAUUAGAGGAGUGCUCCAAGAUGCCAGAGGGCCAGCAACGAAUUGGGGGCUGUUACCUGAACCUGAUGUGUCAGAUCAGAACACUGUACUUGUCCUACUGCUCCAGCCAUCCCUCUGCAGUGGGUGUGCUCACUGAUCACAGUGAGGAACUGGACAAGUUCAUGGAAAGCCAAGGUGCCAGUGCUCCUGGGAUCUUAACUCUAACAACCAGCCUGAGCAAACCCUUCAUGAGGCUUGACAAGUACCCCACCCUACUGCAGGAGCUCGAGAGGCAUGUGGAGGAAGCUCAUCCAGAUUACAGCGACAUUCUGAAAGCAUCAGUUGCUUUUAAGAAUCUUGUGACUCAGUGUCAAGAUCUGCGAAAAAGAAAGAACCUGGAGUUGCAGAUCUUGUUGGAGCCUGUAAGGGGCUGGGAGGGUGAGAGCAUAAAGUCACUUGGUCAGGUGGUCUACAUGUCACAGGUCCACAUGCAGAGCUCUGUAAAUGAGGAUAAAGAAGAGCGAUACUUCAUGCUGUUUCCUAAUGUGGUAGUCAUGUUGUCGGCUAGUCCGAGAAUGAGUGGCUUCAUUUAUCAGGGUCGGAUGCCGCUAACAGGAACCACAGUAACCAAACAGCCAGAGGAUGCAGAAACAGGCCAUUAUGCCUUUGAAAUAACAGGAGGAACGAUAGAUCGUAUCAUGGUGUUCUGCAAUAGUUUUCAGGAGCAGCAGGAGUGGUUAGAACAUCUUCAUGCUUACACCAAGGAAGGAAGCCCAGUGGGAACAAUAUUGAAGAAUGUUGAGGGUAAACACACAACCAUGACCCACCUUUUGCACAGUUUUGGUGCUCCUCUGGCUAACCGGGGCCCUCUUGAACCCCCAAAGAUCACCAAACCAUGGUCCUUAAGCUGCCUGAGGCCUGCGCCACCCCUCAAGCCCUCUGCCGCUCUGGGCUAUAAGGAGAGGAUGUCUUAUAUCCUGAAGGACUCUAGUAAAAGCCCCAGACCCAUCAAGAAGUUUCUCCCGAAGAGAAAAACAGAGAGAAAACCAUCAGAUGAUGAAUUUCUUAGAAAAACAGCUCUAGAGGAGGAUGCCCAGAUACUGAAAGUGAUUGAGGCCUACUGCACUGGAGCCAGUCUCCACCAGUCCACCACAGCUGUUCGUAAGGAAAGUGUUCCCCAAGUUCUGCUGCCAGAAGAAGAGAAGAUUAUUGUCGAGGAAAUGAAGAGCAACGGCCAGACUGUCAUUGAAGAAAAAAGUCUUGUAGAUGCAGUAUAUGCUCUGAAAGAUGAGGUCCAUGAAUUAAAAAAGGAGAAUAGAUGGAUGAAGCAGUGUCUGGAAGAGGAGCAGAAGUCUCGUAAGGAGCUGGAACGUGUGGUCAGGAAGUUGCAAAAGAAUGACUGUUCCUGGGAAGGAGGCCAUCGAUGAACACUCUGGAUAUUCUUUGAUCCCCCAUUUGCCAUGCGUGUGUUUAUUGUGUACGUAUUUCUGUGUCUAAGUGUGUGUCCUCACAAGCGUGUUUUUUCCACCACAUUAUACACUGAACUUUGCUUUUCAAAAGUCACCAUGUCACCAUUAUCAACUUUAUGAUUAUUGGCUCUGUGCUAGGGAAUUUCAAUUCUCACCAUGCGCAAGCAUAUCAUGUUGCGGUUUGCUUCAAGCUCCUUUCAUUUGCUCUGUACAAAAGUAGAUAUGACAUUCUGAGAACAAAACAGCUGAGGAAGACUAUGUGAACUCCUUGUUUAGGAAGUAUUACAAAUUGAUGUUGGUGGUUUGGAACACCUCAGGUAACUGAUGGAGUCCUGGACAGUUUUUUCCCCUGGCGGUUAACUGGCCACUGGUCCCAAUCAAGCACUCCAAGAUAAUCCAGUCUGGUAAAAUCCGGACAGCAGAAAAAAAACAGAAAGGAUGGUGGAAUCUUAUUUUUAACUGAACAAAUAUCUGCCUCACUUUUCGACUGGUCUCAGUCAUGGACUUGAUCUUUCUAGGACAUUUGCUCAGCCCAUGCGCAACAGAAUUCCUAUUCAAUACGCUGAUGCACACAUGAAACAUAUUCUGUUGAUGGUUUUGGAGUGAAAAUAUUUUACUUUUGAGGUAUCAUAGCACUUUUUUUUUUUUUUUUUUUUUUGCAUGCAGUUGCAUUGCAGGCCUCCCCUGACCACAAGUAUUGACCUAAUUUUACUUUUUAAAAUGUGAAAACGAUGUUGCUUGAGGAAGCUUUUAGGUCAUGAAUGCAAAAGUUGGACUCUGAAAUGUUUGGUUUGCAAGUGAUAGACAUGAGAUGCCCUUCUUGCCAUCUUGAAAUUAGUUACAUUUUUCAUUUUUAUCUCUUUUUAGUUUGAAGCUUUUGAGAAAUGCCUGUAAAUGUAGGUUGAAAUAGUGCUUUUAAAUUGUGUGUUUCCAGAUAGUCACUCACAUUAGCAUUGGGUGUACAGUAUUACUAAAACGGCCAUCAUAUGUCAUAAUCAUGCUUCUGAUAAUCAUUGUCAUAAAAGUCUAGAGCUAUCAGGGAUAUGGUUGUCUGAAAUAUUGUCGCAAGUUACGAAUAUCAUACUAAUAAUAUAUAAAAUAAAUUUGAUAUAUAUAUAUAUAUACUUGUAUACCAUAUAAAUAUGUAUAUAUCAUAGCUAUAAUGUCAAUAAGAACCAUAUAAACUUUUUUUUGAUGACUAGAAAAUCCAGUAUAAUUGAUUCCUGCAGAUUUGGUACUAGGAGCCCUUUUAGGACUUGUCUGAGUGUACUUGGAAACAUACAGUACUUUAGGAACUGAUAUUUGUCCCCCACUUGCGAUACCAAGGUGCCUCAAAAUAGAAUGAAAAAUACAUUUUGUUUUAACAUAUAUAUAUAUAUAUAUAUAUAUAUAUAUAUAUAUAUAUAUAUAUAUAUACUCAGUUGAAGUCAGAGGUUUACAUACACCCUAGCCAAAUACAUUUAAACUCCGUUUUUCACAAGUCAUGAAAUGUAAUCGUAGAAAACAUUGCCUGUCUCAGGUCAUUUUAAGAAUGUGAAACGUCAGGAUAAUAGUAGAGAGAAUUAUUUAUUUCUGCUUUUAUUUCUUUCAUCACAUUUCCAGUGGGUAAGAACUUUACAUACACUUUGUUUAGUAUUUGGUAACAUUGCCUUUUAAUUGUUUAACUUUUGUCAAAUAUUUUGGGUCGCCUUCCACAAGCUUCUCACAAUAAGUUGCUGGAAUUUUGGCCCGUUCCUCCACACAGAACUAGUGUAACUGAGUCAAGUUUGUUGGCCUUCAUGCUCGCACGCGGUUUUUCAGUUCUGUCCACAAACAGAACUGAGAUCAGAUUGAGGUCAGGACUUUGUCAUGGCAACUCCAAUACUUUGACUUUGUUGUCCCUGAGCCAUUUUGCCACAACUUUGGAUAUAUGAUUGGGGUCAUUGUCCAUUUUGAAAACCCAUUUAACUUCAUGGCUGAUGUCUUGAGAUGUUGCUUCAAUAUAUCCACGUAAAUUUCCUUCCUCAUGAUGCCAUUUAUUAACAUAACUAUGGUCAUUAUGGCCAAAAAGUUACAUUUGUGUUUCAUCAGACCAGCGUAAAUUCUUUGUACCCAUGCGCACUUGCAAACUGUAGUCUGGCUUUUUUAUGCUUGUUUUGGAGCAUUGGCUUCUUCCUUGCUGAGCAGUCUUUCAGGUUUUGUUGAUAUAGGACUCGUUUUACUGUGGAUAUAGAUACAUGUUUACCGUUUUCCUCCAGCAUCUUCACAAGGUCCUUUGCUGUUCUUCUGGGAUUGAUUUGCACUUUUCGCCCGAAACCACGUUCAUCUGUAGGAGACAGAAUGCGACAGAAUCAUUUUCUUGGGGCGGCUGUGGCUCAGUUGGUAGAGCGUUUUGGCCACUAAUCGCAGAGUUGGUGGUUUGAUUCCCGGCCCACACGACUCCACAUGUCGAAGUGUCCUUGGGCAAGACACUGAACCCCAAGUUGCUCCCAAUGGCAGGUUAGGGCCUUGCAUGGCAGCUCUUCUGUCAUUUGUUUGCGAGUGUGUGUGUGUGUAUGGGGGAAUGAGUUCAUAGUGUAAAUCGAUUUAAAACCCGCUCAGGUAAAAAUAAGCGCUAUAUAAGUGCAAACCAUUUUCUGGAAUUUUUCAAGCUGCUUAAAGGCACAGCUAACUUGGUGAAUGUAAACUUCUGACCCACUGCAAUCGUAAUAUAGUCAAUUAAAAGUGAAACAAUCUGUGAGUAAACAACUAUUGUAAAAAUUACUUGUGUCGUGCACAAAGUAGAUGUCCUAAACGACUUUCCAAAAUUAUAGUUUGCUAAUAUGAAAUCUGUGGAGUGUUUAAAAAAUGAGUUUUAAUGACUUCAAACUAAGUUUAUGUAAACCUCUGACUUCAAGUGUGUGUGUGUGUGUGUGUGUGUGUGUGUGUGUGUGUGUGUGUGUGUGUGUGUGUGUGUGUGUGUGUGUGUGUGUGUGUGUGUGUGUGUAUAU